AUGUUUGUGCAUUAUUUAAUUUAUUUAUUAACAUUAAAAUGUGGAAAUUGUAUUGUUCUACCAAAAGUGUCACCUCUAAGACGAGAAAAUCCAAUGAACCGUGAACGUAUUGAUGUAUCAAAUACAUUUUAUACACAUGAAUUGACAUUUCGUCUUCAAACACUUGCUUGUAUUGAAACAUUUGUCGUGGAACACAUGCAACAACAGCCAUCAAGAAUUUCCGUACUUUUAACAAACGAUCAAAAUCCAAUAUCAACAAUUUACCUUCGUCAUCUUCAGGAAAUCCGAUCAACAUAUAUUCUAACCGAAGACACAAAUUUUCAAGACAAUCCAAAUAAUUUACUUGAAGUUGUUCUCAUCAUAAAAAAUUACCAAGAUAUUGAAAAUUCAUCAAUCAAAUUAAAUGAGCUUUGUGGUCGUGAAUGCAGAUAUGCAAUUUUACUUGUUGAUUCAAUACAAAAUGAAAAACUUUUCAUGAAAGAAGCAACGAAAUUACUACAAAUAUUAUGGCUAAAAAAAACAUCAAACGUUGUUGUAAUUGGUGGAGUGAAUGGCAGUCUUAUUGCUGCCCAAAGUGAAAGCUUUAAGCCAAAUAUUUUACGUGAACCAAUGGAUCCAAUAAUUGUUGGUAAAUGCCAAAAGAAAAAGUGGCUUAAUAUUCAUGAUUAUUUUGCUCCAAUGAAAAUGAAUAAUUGUUCUGUUAAUAUUGCAUAUUUUGAACAAAUACCCUACGCUCAUUUGGUCAUGAAAAAUAAUGAAACUACAUUGGAAGGAAUUGAAGCAACAAUUAUCUAUGACAUUGCUAACUCGUUAAAUUUUAAUCCAAAUUUUUCCGAAAUCGAAUGGGGAAAUAAUACAACAAAAGAAGAUGAAGUACUGGAAGAAUUUGAUAUUCACAAAACAAUUGAUCUGGCUUUUGGUGGAAUUAUUUGGCAUCCAGAAAAAGACAUUGACUUUGCUUUGGCUUAUGAUAUCAUUGAUCUUGAUUGGCUUGUUCCAAAUGAACCUCGUGUUUCUAUGCUUGGUCUUGUAUCACCACUGAGCACAGAUGUUUGGUGGGCAAUUCUAGUUGUUUUAAUAAUAGCUGUUUUUCUGAGAAUUUUAAUAUUUAAAAAAAUGUCUCUUCUAGAAAUAUCAGCAAUUAUUAUCGGUGUUGCAUGGAACAAACAGCCAGUAAAAUUAUCAUACAGAAUAAAAUUUAUGUCGUGGAUUAUUUUUGCUUUUUUAUUGACUCAAUUUUAUUUGGCGUCAAUGGCUGGUAGAUUAUUGGCUGGUUCAAAUAGUGAAAUAAAUACAAUAAAAGAUCUUGUUAAUUCUGGCAAACCAUUGGCAGGCACAAAAACACAUAAACAAUUAUUUUUUGAUGCUCAAAAUGCAUCUGAUGAUGAUCGAGAAUCUGAUUCAGUGUUUAAAGAAAUUUGUGAUAAAUUUAUUAUUUUAGAUCAAGAUGAUUAUGUUAAAACUCUUCAGGAUUUAAUUGAUGGAGUUAAUAAGAGUUAUGCACUUGUUGGUGUGCUAAAUGUAUCAUCAAUUGUAACAAAAUUUGAUCCUCUUAUUGUUCAUAAAGUUCCAGAAACAUUGGCUAGUCUGCCAGUCAGUUUUGCUACCUGGCGAGGUCUUCCAUAUCUCACGAGAGUUGAUGAAAAACUACAGCAGCUUGUUCAAGGUGGUAUUGUUUCACACAUUGGCACUACAAUUUCAUCUAAACAUCGAUUUCUCAAAGCCAAAGAACAAGAAGAUGCAUCACUUGAACAAAAUUUUCUUCGAAUGAAUGACAUUGCUCCUGGAUUUUAUCUUUUAUUAGCUGGUUGUAUAUCGGGCAUGUUAUUACUUUUUGGUGAAUUAAUCAUUUUUAAAAUACAA